AUGUUCUGUUCCGGAGACCGCGAGAAAGGGCCCGUGGCCUUGGAGGAACAAUGGGACUAUAUCAAUCUGAGUGACUUCAAGUCCGAAUCUUGCUGGUCUGGUUUCUCGUACUUCCUGAUCUAUGUGUUCCUGUUGGUAUCGGUGGCCGUUUAUGGUGUAGACACCUUUACGGCUGUCAAUCUGCUGGCUUUCUCGCGAUGGGCCGGCUCAAUUGAGCCUGCUAUCCCUUUCAAAAUCUCGCGCUGGAUCUUCGCCGUCUGUAUCAUAGUGUCUCUCGCUCUUUUGAUCUACCGGUGGAUGCGUGCUAUUCGGGCGAUGCGCUCGGGGAGUAUCGCGCACAGCUAUCUGGAUUCGCUCGCGGUGCGCAUUCAGAGUAUUCGGAUGGGACAGAAUGGGCGUGGGUGGCGGCGCUUCUUGGUCUUUGCCGAAUUGACUAAAAGUAGAAAGGGCGCGGAGUAUGUGGCGCUCUUUGCUUACUUCUCCUUUGAAUCGUGGAUGAGCACCAUCUUUGCUGAUGGUCCGCGACAAGUCGUCAACGCCAUUACACUCUACUCGGUGAUGCAGAUGGAUUUGCUUCCCGGUGGAGAAAACACGGCCAGUAGCGAUGGAUCCACCGCUUCUCAGCUUUUCAAUAAUAUCAAACUUCUGGCGGAAAAUAACACUCGACAGGCUUUGGUGCUGGUUGGCAUGAUAUUCACUCUGGUCAUUUGGGUUCUGUCAAUGAUCAAACUUCUGCUGGCGGUGGUGCUCUACUUGCUAUUCCUCUGGCAUCAUAUUCCCUCGGAGGAUGGUUCGUUGAAGAGGUACUGCAAACGCAAGAUCAACUCGCGACUGACCAAGAUCGUCCGGAAGAAGGUCAACAAGGCACUGGCCAAAGGCGUGGCUCUACAGGAUCGGAAGCCUACAACCCCCAAUAUGGGGAUUGAUAGGAAGCCCACUUUGCCGGCAGUCGGAAUGAACGAUGAUGAUAAGACGCCAGUAGUCACAACCAUCUCGCGGAGUACGACACAGACCACUUUGCCGGCCUACUCAUCUCGCCCAGGCACAGCCGGUCCCGAUCGCAAACCUACUCUUCCGGAUCUAUCGACAUUUGACGAAAAGCUCCCAGCUCUUAGCCGGACGGUGACCCAGUCGAGUUUUUCAGACGCUGCUUCUAUGUCUGGCAGCACUGCUGCGUCCACAUACAGCCCCCUAGACCGACAUGGCGCGUCUGCGCCUCCAGUGCCGCCUCUCCCUACCCAAGGUCCGGCUCCAAUGCCGCUUUCUCAAACUCCGAGACCACGCCAAAACUUCAACCCAGCCCCCUCAGUGCCAGGGUAUGGAAACCCAACGGACCCGCCAUCACCUGCUCCGCCUAUGCCACGCAUCCAGACCCCUAUGUCUCGCUCGAACUACACCCCAGCGCCAGCCUCUGCCAUGCGCGAUCAGAGUCAUAUGCCGUAUGCAGCUGGGCCACAGGAUUCUGGUGAUGGCUAUAACCCGUUCGAGAAUCAUGAUGCAUAUUACCCACAGUCAAGCGUGCCUCUCCGUCCUUACAGCCCGGCGAAUGGACCGAACGCACGGUCUUUGACAUCUGGAGCGAUUCGUUCUCCUGUCGAGGACAUGUCUACUAGGACUUUCUUCCCCCCUAUGCAGCCAACUGGCGCUCCAUAUCCUGUGGCCGAUCAUGAGUAUUAUGACCCGUCGUUCGCUCCGGCUGGUCUAAGCGACACUCGACCUCCCCCGCCUGCUACCACUGCGGGUAGCUGGGAGACGAGAACGAUGUCUCCGACGACUUCAGCGAAUGCAAAUGGCUAUGUGGCUUUCUCCCCGGUGACCCACGCCGCGUCAUCAACCGCUGAGUCGUUUACACCGGCGGCAGCGCAUGCAUUAUCUUCUCCAACGACCCAGACAUUUGCUCCAGCCACA